AAUCACCCACUUUCCUUCUACCCAACUUUUCUCUCGAUUACGACGGCCAAAUGGAGAUCAAUAGCAACCGCAAUGAAGGCAUACCGAAGAGGCAUGUCGCGGUUUUCGUAUUUCCAUUUUCUUCACACCCUCCACUUCUUUUAACCCUUGUCCGUAUGCUAGCUUCCGCGGCCCCUAACGUCAUUUUUUCAUUCUUUGGCACUGCAAAGUCUAACCAAGCCUUAUUCUCUGAUCAAAAAUACAACAAUAUACGUCCAUAUGAUGUAUCGGAUGGCAUACCUAAAGAUUAUGUUUUCAUGGGCAAGCCCCAAGAGGAUAUAAACUUAUUUUUGGCAGUGGCUGAAGAGGAGUUUAGGAAGGGCGUUAAAGUGGUGGAAAAAGAUAUUGGGCUCAAGAUUGGUUGUCUUUUGGUUGACUCUUUUUUUUGGUUUUUGGCUGAUAUGGCUGAUGAAAUGAGCAUUCCUUGGGUGUCGUUUUGGACUGCUGGGGCUAAUUCACUCUCUGCACAUUUUUAUACUGAUCUUAUAAGGCAAAAGUAUGAUGAAAUCAAAGGGACCGUAGGGCCUGAUGAUGAAAUUGCCGACUUGAUUCCUGGCCUCAAGACAGUUCGAAUAAGUGACUUACCAGGGGAAGUCGUUCUUGGAAACCUUGAAUCGCCGUUCUCAACCAUGCUACAUAAGAUGGCAAGGUCCCUGCCUAGAGCGACUGCUGUUCCCAUAAACUCUUUUGACGAAUUAGACCCUGAACUCAACAAAAACCUCUCUUCACAAUUCAACAAUUUCCUCAACAUUGGCCCCUUCAAUCUCAUAUCUAAAGAAAAUUCGCUGUCCAAAGUUGAUGAAUUCUCUUGCCUUUCUUGGUUAGAUAAUCAAAAGCCAAGAUCGGUUGCCUACAUCUGCUUUGGGACGUUCUUCAAACCUCCACCUCACGAGCUAGUGGAGUUGGCUGAAGCACUAGAAGAGACCCAAACCUCGUUUCUUUGGUCAAUAAAGAGUGAUUCCAAUAAGCAUUUUCCUAAAGGAUUUUUGGAGAGAAUAUGUGCUAAUGGGACUGGAAAGGUUGUACCGUGGGCACCACAGAUACAAGUCUUGGAGCAUUCCGCAAUAGGGGUGUUUAUAACACAUGGUGGAUGGAAUUCUAUGUUGGAGAGUUUGGGAGUUGGUGUCCCUAUGAUAUGCAGGCCGUUUGUGGGCGAUCAACAAUUAAAUACUUGGAUGAUUGAGAGAGUUUGGGGGAUUGGUGCGAAGAUUGAAGGAGGGAGAUUCACCAAACAUGGAACUGCUUGUGCUUUGAAACAAUUCUUAUCAUCUAAUGAAUUGUCAAUAGGACGGAAAAAGAGAAUUGAAGCAUUGAAAGAAUUGGCUCAUAAGGCUGUUGAGCCAAAUGGAGGUUCUACUAAAAAUUUCAAAACUUUAGUGGAUAUGAUCACCAGUGCCACCCUUUGAUAUGUUGUGCUAGCUAUGGUGUUUUGUAAUAAGAGGGCGAUAGUAAAUCUACAUAAGAGGGCGAUAGUAAAUCUACAAUAAUUUUUAUUUCAUAGACAAUAAGUAUAUUCAUGCCACAGUAUAAUUCACUACUA